AUGGCAGAUACAAGAAGGCGUGUGAAGUUGUACAUGCUGAAUGAGGAUCGUCAAUGGGAUGAUCGUGGAACGGGGCAUGUGUCGUCGGCUUACGUUGAACGAUUGAAAGGAAUGGCUUUAUUAGUCCGGUCCGAGAUAGACGGUUCCAUUUUAUUAGAAUCAAAGAUUCACCCUGAUACAGCCUAUCAAAAACAACAGGAAACGUUGAUAGUUUGGUCAGAAUGUGAUAAUUAUGACUUGGCUCUGAGUUUUCAAGAGAAAGCUGGAUGUGAUGAAAUUUGGGAAAAGAUUUGUCAGGUACAAGGUAAAGAUCCAUCAGUUGACAUCACUCAAGAGGUUGUGGAUGAAUCGGAAGAGGAACGUUUUGACGACAUUCCUGAUGCUAUGCCUCCAAUAGAGUUACCUCCCUGUGAAUUAAGUAAACUUGAAGAAAUCUCAGAAUUAUUUAACAAUGUGCUUCCGUCGCCAAUACGGAGAGAAAAACUGGCUGUUUGUAUCGAAAACGAAGGUUACAUUAAAAAACUAAUCGACUUGUUUCAUAUGUGUGAAGACUUGGAAAAUUUAGAAGGAUUACAUCAUUUAUAUGACAUUUUUAAAAGUAUAUUUUUACUAAAUAAAAACGCUCUGUUUGAAAUUAUGUUUAGUGACGAUAUAUUAUUUGAUAUAGUUGGUUUAUUGGAAUAUGAUCCUACCCUAUCACAGCCAGCCAAACACAGGGAAUAUUUAAAGACAAAAGCCAAGUUUAAGGAAGUGGUGCCAAUAUCAAACCCGGAAUUACUGACUAAAAUCCACCAGACCUAUAGAGUUCAGUAUAUCCAGGAUGUGAUAUUGCCUACGCCGUCAGUGUUUGAAGAAAAUAUGCUUUCCUCUCUCAGUUCCUUUAUAUUUUUCAAUAAAGUGGAGAUUGUCAGCAUGAUACAGGAAGAUGAAAAGUUUUUGACCACGUUAUUUGCUCAACUGACAGAUGACGAAACUGAUGAUAAUCAUCGGAGAGAUCUCAUUCUAUUUUUAAAAGAAUUCUGUACGUUUUCACAGACAUUACAGUUACCUAGCAGAGAAUCAUUUUUCAAGACAUUAUCAAACCUAGGAGUGUUAUCAGCAAUAGAAAUUAUUUUGGGGUUAGAUGAUGUAAAAAUGAAGAGUGCUGCUAUUGACAUAUUUUCUUAUAUUGUGGAAUAUAGUCCGUCCAUGGUCAGAGAGUUUAUUUUACAUGAAACCCAGAAUCAGGAUGAUGAGGAUUUAUUAAUUAAUCUGGUUAUUGAACAGAUGAUAAAUGAUACAGAUCCUGAAUUAGGUGGUGCCAUGCAAUUGAUGGGUAUAUUAAGAUUAUUGUUGGACCCUGAAAAUAUGUUGGCCACAGCUAAUAAAACUGAGAAGACAGAGUUUUUAAGUUUUUUCUAUAAACAUAGUAUGCAUGUUUUAACUGCUCCAUUAUUUGCUAAUACAGUUGAUGAUAAACCCAGUAAAGAUGAUUACCAAACAGCACAGUUAUUGAGUUUAAUAUUAGAGUUAUUAUCAUUCUGUGUAGAACAUCAUACGUAUCAUAUUAAAAACUAUAUAAUUAGUAAAGAUUUACUACGGAGAGUGUUGGUCUUGCUCAAAUCUAGACACUCCUUUGUAGCUCUGUGUGCCUUAAGAUUUAUGCGAAGGAUUAUAGGUUUAAAGGAAGAGUUCUAUAAUCGCUAUAUAUUAAAAGGAAACCUAUUUAAACCUAUAGUAGAAGCAUUUAAAGCUAAUGGUGAUAGAUAUAAUUUAUUGAACUCUGCCAUGAUUGAACUCUUUGAAUUUGUCAAGGUGGAGGAUGUGAAAUCAUUAUGUGGUCACAUUGUUGAGAAUUAUAUCAAUGAACUAGAGAGUGUUAAGUAUGUACAGACUUUUGAAGCAUUAAAAAAACGAUAUGAACAGCAACAAGAACGAAUUAAAGAUAGAUUAAAUAUGGACAGGUAUUUAUAA